AUGUAUUCUGACGACGACGCCGGCUACGAUGCGGCUUUGCAGUGCGACGAGUCGAAGCCGCGCUGCGUGAGGUGCGCGUCCUCGGGCUUCGCGUGCGUUUACGCUUCGCCACCAUCCUCCCGCGCGUCGCAAAGACGAGGAGCAACAGCAGCAGCGCCACCGGGGCCGGCAUCGGGCUCAUCCCUGUCCCCGCCGUCGCGGCAUUCAUCACCCUCCUCCUCCUCGUCGUCCGCGGCGGCAGCAAACAAUCGUACCGGUGUGCUGCGUCUCGAGCUCGAGCUCAACCUGGAUCUUGACCUGGAUCUUAACCUGAACCUGACCCUUGGCGGCGGCAGGAAAGCCAGGCAGAUGGUGUGGGCGCCCCUCGAGCCGCAGCGCCGCGUGCCCGUCGUCUUGCCUCUUGCGGUCGUCUCCUCCGCCCCUCGUUGCAAAGCAUCUGCGUUGGAUGAUGGCGGUGGCGGCAGCUACGAGCUGCGGCCGCGGGACCUCGCCGCGCUGCAGCGCUUCAUCGACCGCACGGCCUGGACGUUUGGCGACACGAGCUACGGGGGUGAACGCGACGAGGAGAUGGCGAUGGUGCCCUUUGGCGGCGGCGGCGGGCGGCGGCGGAACUGGUACUCGGAGGCGGCGCUCGGGCUGGGCAACUCGAACCCCUUCCUGCUGCACAUCUUCAUCGCCGUCGCCCUCCUGCACGACAUGCACCUCGCCAGCGCGUCCGCCAACUCCAGCUCCUCCACGGGCGACGCCGCCGCCGCCGCGCAGCGCGCCCGCCUCGCCUUCCACUGGUACCACGGCACGGCGCUGUUCCAGCGGCAGCUCGCGUCCGUGACGGCCGUCAUGUCGGCGUGCAACUACGACGGCAGCAAGGCGCCCUCCUCGUCGGCGCGCGACGCCCUGUGGGUAGCCGCCGCGCUGCUCGGCGCCGCGGCGUAUGCGGACGUCGGCAGCGGCGGCGAGAUCCCCGACUCAACAGACGAGCGUCCCGGGGCCAGGGACAGUAGGAUGACAAGAAGGACAAAGACGCAAGGGAAGCCGCAGCGGCAGCGACAGCGGCACCUCGUGUGGCCGCUCCGUCCUGGCAGCCACCCCUCGGACCUCGACUGGCUCAAGCUCGGCCACGGCAAGACGGCCGUCUGGCACGUCGCCGACCCGUCCCGCCCGGAGAGCGUCUUCCACCGCCUCGGCGAGUCGCUCGCCCGGGAUCCUCCCCCGGAUGGCCAUCUGCCCGUCGACUGGGACGCGCUGCCGCCGCUGUUUGCCCGCGUGUUCAGUCCCGCAGCGACAUCAUCAUCACCAUCAUCAUUAUCCACCUCCCCAUCUUCCACUUCCUCAUCCUACUCCUCCUCCUUCACCGGCGCCGACAGCAGCAGCGACAGUAGGGACAGCAGCGGGAUCACCAACCCCUACCACGUCCCCCUCUCCAUCCUCGCGCAGCUCUUCCCCCAGCGCGCCUCGGACCGCAACGUCUCCCGCUUCCUCACCUUCGUCGCGCAGCUGCCCGCGCCCUUCCGCCGGCUGCUCGAGCGCCGGGACCCGCGCGCCCUGCUGCUGCUCGCGUACUGGCACGCCAAGGUCGCGCGCCGGCCCUCGUGGUGGGUGCGCCGCCGCUCAGUCGUCGAGGGGCUCGCCAUAUGCGACUACCUCGCCGGCCCUCGCUGCUGCGACGCCGCGGGCCCGGAUGUCGUCGCGCUGCUCGAGUGGCCGCGCCGCGAGCUGCUCGAGGUGCAGGCCCGGGACACGACGUGCUGGUGA